AUGUCACUCAGGUCCACAAUUCAGACGCAUUUUACCGUACCCACGCGACAUCAUAGCACGCGGCAGCGCUCUUUUAGUGGCAUGUUUUCUGCACCUGCUUCAACCACAGCAGGGGCUCCAACACCGAUUCGGCGGUUUCCACUCAACAACACGCAAGCGGAACCUUCGCUUGGCUCACCAUGUGAACUGGACUUCCAAAAGGGUGCUUUAACUGGCGAUUGUGUGUGCGCCGACCGCCAACUGGAGUGGUUACGGCGAAAUCUUGUGAAGUCGGAGAAGAGGGAUUUUCACGGCAUGAGCAAGGUGAAGAUGCCGGAAGGGAACCCAUCAUGGCCACGUUACCAUUUUCCGCUGCGUAGCUGCUCUUACAUUUAUGAUCCUCCCAACGAAUCUAAGCUUGCGUUUAUUACUCCAGAGAACUACUGCAAACUCUGCUGUGAGCCAGUUGAGUUGCCCAUUCGCCAUUGCGCAUGGUGGGAUCAUGUGACACGAAUGGCGGGCCUCCGCUUGACUGCUAUUUAUCCACGGCGUUGGGAUCCAUCUGCUCUGAUGCAAGAGCUGUGGGCAGGGAAGUUUCCCGUGAGGUUUAUGAAUACCGAACGGCCACAUCCUUACCUGCGCCCAUCACAUGACGGUCCGUCGUGGAGCGAUUUACGUCAAUGCUAUGUUUUUGAAAGGGAAGCGGUUGUACGACGGGGCGAAUUAAGAGCAAUUUUGCACAUACUAUCCACAGAUGUUAGUGGCGGUAGGCGGGUGCUGCGGGAAUCUUUAGUGCUCUCACCCGACGGAAGCUACGCAGCAAACGUUGGUGAGCGCACUUUCCGGGCCUUCAUCAGCAGACACAUCACACCCUUGCUACCACCCAUGGGCCCUGAGCCAACUACAAGGUUGCAACAGCGUUGCUGGGGCCGAAAAAACCUCGAGGCAAUGUUUGAUCUUUUGGGAGUAGAGGCGUUACAGAGACUUAGUGGUGUUGAGGAGGUGGCAGUAACCAAGAAUGAGAAGGCUACUGUGAUGCGCCAAAUAGUUUAUGAACUGACAACCGUGUUGUCCGAAUGCGAUGCUAGAGAGCUGUCGGCGAGCAACGAACAUGCCAAUGAAGGUGCGCAUAGCGUAAAAAUCGCGAAAGAUGAAACUCACAUGCAAGUCCGGCUGUUGGUGGAGUUGGCACUGCAGCGUUUGUCACAUGAACUGAUCCAUCUUCACAUGAUGUUGCUCAUAGAACGUGUGUGGAAUGCGUAUGCGAACCUGGGAUACCCAGGUGAAGAAGCGUUUGAGGAAAGCACCUUUUGCUGA